AUGAGGACCAUUCUCUUGGCGGCUGCCAUCAGCGCUCUACCACAGCCGAUACCACAAGUGCCGGCGGCGGCGGCACCGGCAAUUCUGACUCCUGAAGAGGCAGCAGCGCAAGCCCUCGCGGCGUUCAUGCCGAGUGGCUUCACAGCCCUAGCGAACCAGAUCAUUCCCGUUGUCGUCGGCGGCCCACAAGAUACGUUUGUGCCCAACGUAGUGACAGCAGCUGUGGGUGACGUCGUUCAAUUCCAGUUCAGUAACGGCAACCACACGGUGACCCAAUCCGACCAGAACGCCGCCUGCCAACCGCUUCAAGCCACGGUUGCAACAGCCGUCCACUCUGGCCAUAUCCCAUUUGUUGAUGGGCAGGCCACAGUAGGAACCUUCUCCAUGCCGAUUGUCAACACUGACCCGAUGUUCCUGUACUGCGCGACUGGACCACAUUGUCAAGAGGGACAAGUUCUAAUUAUCAACCCUGCCAAUACGCAACAAAUCGUGGACUAUGCCAAGCUGUCUGCGGCUUCAGGGAAAAGUGGCGACGGUACGUCAGUUGUCGGCGGUACCGUCGCUCAAAUCCCGUUGGAACUGGCCGCUUUCACGCCUGCCCCGGCAGAGGCAGCUACACCACCACCUGCUGCUGCCGCUCCUGCCGUGCCUGCCGAUCCAGCUGCUGCACCCGCUGCCCCUGUCGCUCCGGUUGACCCUGCAGCGUCGAGCGCGGCGGCGGCGAAUCCAGCUAGUGUUAUCACCUUGACACUUCCACCUAUUGCUGCCCCGGCCGCAACUGACGCCGCAGCCGCAGGAAGUUCAACGACCACGGUUUUUGUGACUGUUCCAGCACCGGGUGCUUAG